UCAUGAACCAUGAAUAGAAAAAUGUUGAUCUGAGUAGAUGGGAGUGUUAAAGGAAUCUUUUUUUGGAUGGGGUUGGUGGAAUCUGAUCAAGCUCCACCUCAACAAAUCCCCAAUUCCUAUAUAAAUCACACUCUUCACUCCUAAACUAUGAAAAUCAUCAUCCAUGGGGAUUGAAAGGAAGCUUUUAAUUGGGGCAAGGCGCUGCCUUUCCACCUCUAAUGUCGGACUUCAACGCGCCGCCGCUCCUCCCUCUCUGCCGCCUUUUGACUACGAUCCCAAGCCCUACGACGGCCCCCGAGCUGAUGAGGUCUUCGAGAAGCGAAAGCGAUUCUUGGGCCCCUCCCUUUUCCACUACUACCAGAAGCCUUUGAAUAUAGUUGAAGGGAAGAUGCAGUACUUGUUUGAUGAAAAUGGAAGGCGCUAUCUCGAUGCGUUUGCAGGCAUUGUGACAGUGUCUUGUGGCCAUUGCCAUCCGGACAUCCUCAAUGCGAUUGUCGAGCAAAGCAGGCUUCUUCAGCACGCCACCACGAUAUACCUACAUCACGCCAUUGGUGAUUUUGCAGAGGCGCUAGCAUCUAAAAUGCCCGGAAAUCUGAAGGUUGUGUAUUUUGUAAAUUCAGGGACUGAAGCCAACGAGCUUGCUAUGCUGAUGGCUCGACUGUACAGUGGAAACCUUGGCAUGAUUGCAUUGAGGAAUGCAUACCAUGGUGGAAGUUCUAAUACGAUAGGGUUGACGGCUCUCAACACGUGGAAGUAUCCUAUUCCUCAGGGUGAGAUUCAUCAUGUUAUGAACCCAAACCCAUAUCGUGGAGUGUUUGGCUCUGAUGGCAAGCGCUAUGCUGACGAGGUACAAGACCACAUCGAUCACGGAACAUCAGGAAAAGUCGCUGGGUUUAUUGCAGAGACGAUUCAGGGUGUUGGUGGAGCAGUCGAGUUAGCCCCUGGAUACUUAAAAUCGGUCUAUGACAUUAUCCGUAAAGCUGGUGGUGUCUGUAUUGCUGAUGAGGUGCAAACUGGCUUUGGCCGGACAGGAAGCCACUAUUGGGGGUUUGAGACGCAGGGAGUCGUUCCUGAUAUAGUCACUAUGGCCAAGGGCAUAGGUAACGGUCUUCCACUCGGAGCAGUGGUAACAACUCCCGAAAUCGCAAGCGUACUGUCUCAGAAAAUACAGUUCAACACAUUCGGGGGCAACCCAGUCUGCUCGGCUGGUGGACUAGCAGUGCUGCAAGUUCUUGAAAAGGAGAAACGCCAGCGGCACUGUGCGGAGGUUGGCUCUCACAUGCUCGGGCGCCUCAGAGAACUGCAACAAAAGCACGAUAUAAUCGGGGACGUGAGGGGAAGCGGCUUAAUGGUGGGGAUAGAACUCGUGUCUGACCGGGAGAAGAAGACACCCGCCAAGGCAGAAACUGCUGUUCUAUUUGAAAGCCUUAGAGAGCUCGGGAUCUUGGUCGGGAAAGGCGGGCUUCAUGGGAAUGUUUUCAGGAUAAAGCCACCAAUGUGUUUUGGCAAAGAUGAUGCUGAUUUCUUGGUGGAUGGACUGGACUAUGCCAUGUCCAAGCUCUGAAACUGGAUUGUGUUCAAUCUAAUCUCACUUUUGUGAAAAAAUAAACUUGUUUGGCUUAUGUUUCAUCUUUCAACUGUUUGUUCUUUGUUGAAGAGAUUGUUCAAGUUGUUUGAAUUUUCUUCUUAUAAGUUUGCAGCUUUCUCUUGUA